UAUUUUCUCAAUUUUUUUUUUUUUUCCAACCAAGAGAAUCUACUACCCCAAAUCCCUUUUCCUUAUGCGCGCUUUUUAUAUAAUCCUCCCUCAAAAAAAAAAAAAAUAUAAUCCUCCCCAAGCAAACGUUUCAAUCUCGCAACCAAUUCUGUUUCGAAUCAAUUUACUCAAAACUGUGGUGAAGAAGAAUGAGUUACAUGUUAACAACGUUGUCUCAAAAGAGAGAGGUUGAUUCUAUCAUCAGAGACACUAUAGAUAAGGUUCUUGUCCUGCGCUUUGGUCGUGAAUCUGAUCCUAACUGUCUCCACCUCGAUCAAAUUCUUUCUAAAGCAGCAAGAGAGGUGUCCAAAUUCGCAACUGUGGCACUUGUUGAUGUUGACUCUCCUGACAUUCAAGUUUAUGUCAAAUAUUUUGACAUCACUUUGAUUCCAUCUACACUGUUUUUCUUCAAUGCCCAUCACAUGAAAAUGGAUUCUGGGACUGCAGAUCAUACUAAAUGGAUUGGUGCUUUUCACAAAAAGCAAGACUUCAUUGAUGUGGUUGAGACAAUAUUUAGAGGAGCAAUGAAUGGAAAGCUCAUAGUGAAUUGUCCUCUCCCGCCUGAAAGGAUACCAAAAUACCAAUUACUGUACAAGGAUGUCUAGAAAUUUAUUUAACUCAAACCACCCUCCCCUUUUUUCCUCUUUCCCUUGUAAAAACUCAAAUUAUAGUUUUUUUUUUUUUUUUUUUUCUGUUUUUCUUUCUCACCUUUUUCUUAGCAGAUGCUGACUUGUAAUAGUAAGACAUGUAUAUGGGAUUUUUUACAUGUUGGUUCGACCAUUAAUGAAACAAAAAGCAGAUAUAUCCGUCAUUUGAUUUGAACUCAA